AUGAACCAAAAUCUCAAAACUAUCCAGUUUAGGUCUUUUAAUCGAUUCAAGUACUUAUUUAGUUUUCAUUCAUUCGUUGCUUUUUUUAUUCCCUUUCUUAUACCCUCUUCCCCACUCUCUCUCUCUUUCUCUCUCUCUCUCUCUCUCUCUCUCUUUCUGCCUUUCUCUUUCACUCUCUCUCUCUCAUUCUCUCUCCUUCCCUAUUUCCCUCUAUCUUUCUUCCUCACUCUCUUUCUCUCUUUCUCUUUCACUCUCCCUCGCUCUCGUUCUCUCUCCUUCCCUAUUUCCCUCUCUAUCUUUCUUCCCCACUCUCUCUCUGUCUCUCUCUCUUUCUCGCUUUCUCUUUCACUCUCUCUCUCUCUCUCUCGCUCUCAUUCUCUCUUCUUCCCUAUUUCCCUCUCUAUCUUUCUUCCUCUCUAUCUCUCUAUCUCUCUCUCUCUCACACACACACACACACAUUUGGAUUUUAACCAUCGCAUUUUCCAGUUUUCUUGCAAUUUAACUAUUCACAAAUGUUGUUUUCUAGAGCACUCUCUUUCCCACCACCUCUCUCUCUCUCCCUCACUCUCUCUCCCUCUCUAUCUCUCUCUCUCUGCCUCUCUCCCACUCUCUCUCCCUCCCUUUCUGUCUCACUCUCCCACCACCUCCCUAUCUUUUUCUCUCUCACCCUCUAUCUCACUCUCGAUCUCUUCUCUCUCUCUCUCUCCCUUUCUCUAUCUAGCUAUCUCUAUCUAUCUAUCUCUAUAUUUUCCUAUUUCCUUGCAAGUUAUUAGCAAAUGUCUUCUUUUCUAG